UACAGAUACAGUUCUGCGUCAGACUUUGUUGCAAAUCGUUGGAGAUGGUAUGCUUUCGGUUCCGGCAUUUGUCAACAUUUUCUUCAAAGCACUCCUUGAUUAUCCGGAAGAACAGGAUAAGAUGUAUGAAGAAAUUGCUGAAGUGAUUGGACCGGAUAGACUGCCAACUAUCGAGGACAGAACUUCAUUGCCUUACGUCAAUGCUUUCAUAUACGAGGUUAUGAGAAAAUCAGAUUUCAGUCCAAUGCUUCCAAGUGUUGAAUGUACAACCGAAACAAAUAUUCGAGGAUAUAGAAUACCAAAAGGAGCUGUCACUUUGGCAAACUAUUGGGCUGCUAACCAUGACCCAGGAACCUACGAUGAUCCUGAAACUUUUAACCCUUCCAGGUUUGUAGCAACGCCGGAGAAACCUAGAGCUGAGCUUCCCAUGUUAUUUGGAGUUGGCAAAAGAGCCUGCCUUGGAGAAAUAUAUACAAUGACACAGGCUUUCCUAAUCCUUACAUCUGUCGUACAGAAAUUUCAUCUCUCAAAACCAAGCACAGAAGAUGAUUCUAUUCCUGUAAAUCCCUGGCAGACAUAUGUGGUUGCUCAUCCAAGAAAAAACAACUAAAACAAUUACUAUCUACAUCACUUAUCAAGUUUACAUCAGUAGAAGUUUAAAUCAUUCGAUGUUUUUGUAAAAAACAUUUCAUGUCUAGUAAAAUUAUUUCU